AUGGCCCAGCCACCCGCCCCGACCCAGCCACCCGCGACAGCCCAGCCGCCCGCCCCGCCCCAGCCGCCCGCCCCAACCCUGCCGCCCACGAUAGCCCAGCCGCCCGCCCCGACCCAGCCGCCCGCGAUAGCCCAGCUGCCGGCCCCGACCCUGCCGCCCAUGAUGGCCCAGCCGCUCGCCCCGACCCUGCCGCCCGCGAUAGCCCAGCCGCCCGCUCCGACCCUGUCGCCCGCGAUGGCCCAGCCGCCCGCACCGACCCUGCUGCCCGCGAUAGCCCAGCCGCCCGCCCCGACCCUGCCGCCCGCUAUAGCCCAGCCGCCCGCCCCGACCCUGCCGCCCGCGCCGGCCGAGGAAUUUCAUUUGGUUAAUAUAUUCCCCGGACAGAAGUCCAUAAAUAAGCGGCGCCUGGGUGGCCCCUCGUCUCGCUCUCCGAACGAAGGUGUCAGCUUAACGAGCCGAAGCCCUCAGCCUGAUUAA